AUGAAGCUAUUCACUCUGGUAUUCACCCUUGCCUUGGCUUCAGCCCAUGCCGGCUUCUUGCCCUAUCACAAUGAUGACCACCUCAUCGAUCAUGGCAUCUCACAUCAUGGCAGCGAAUUUCUCCUCGACGACAUACGCCAUGGCCUACAUCCUGGAUAUUCAGCCCAAAUCUUGUUAGAUGGCCAUCAUGGUUUAGAUCAGCAGGCCGCAGUAUAUCAUCAUGCAGAUCAUCAUGCUGAUAUUGAUAUUGGACAUCAUGAUGCUGGUCAUCAUGGUGUUUAUGCGGUCGAUGUUCAAAAUGCUCCCGCCGAACAGAUAAUUCAACAUCAACCUAUUCACCAGGUGGAACCUGUUCAUCACAUCACCAAUGUGGUACAUCAUGAACCUCACCAUUUUUUGCAUUACAUAAGUCCUGUGGUCGAUCAUCAUGUUGUUCAUAAAAAUCAACAUGCCAAUGAACAUCGGCAUGCUGCCGAUUUGCAUCAUGAUGAAUUGCAUCAUGGUGAUUUAAUACAUAGUGGAGGUUUAUCACAUCAUGCUGAUGUACAUCAUGCUGAUGUACAUCAUACUGAUGUUUUGCAUCACGCUGAUGUCCAUCAUGAUAAUGUAUUGCAUCAUGGUGAUGUGCAUGUCCAUCAUGCUGAUGUUCUACAUCAUGGUGAUGUUUUACAUCAUGCCGAUGUACAUCAUCAUGGCGAUGCUCUUCAUCACUCCGAUUUGCUACACCAUGGUAGCCAUCAUGCUGCCGUAGUCAUUCGUGCUAAUGUCCAUGAGCAUGCUGCUGUUGUUCAUCAUCCCCUGCCAAUACUACAUCACCAUCGAUUAAAUAAUGCCAUCAUUAUUCACAAAUUGCAGCCAUUGAAGUUCCAUGGACAUGGAAAAAUUGCCAAAAUUAAGAUUAUCAAACAUCAUGAUUAA